AAAUGUGCUUUUUACCGUUCCCUUUUCAUUCAGAAUCAGAAUUCUAGUGAACUUUCUUUCUCUCUUCCUUUAUUAUUAUCAUCAUAGGUGUUACACUAGUGCAUACGCAAAAGACUGUAGGACCCAAUAGCCGCAGGCUACUGGAUGGGUCCGAAUAUGCAAAAUAUAGUAGACAUUCGGUACAAGCAUAAGGGGAUCAAUACAGGGGAUGAAUGCAACACAUUAGCACAUUAAAAACAGAAAAAAAAGAAUUUUUUUACGGCAUGCACAAAUAUCACCAGUUACAUAAAUUAUCAAACCCCAAACAACUAGAACGCCAAGCAAGAAUACAGGCACAAAAUCAGUGGGUUAUAGUUAAUAAAUAGUGCUUUGCCGAAAUUUUGUGUUUUUUUAUUUUGGAGGGUAUGUUGUUCCAUGUCUUAACUCCAAUAUAUUCAAGUAGUCUUUUGCCAUAUGCAUUAUGUAUAGGAGGCAGGUCUAAAUUUCCAGCGGCAGUUCUUCUGGUAGCACGUGAUGAUGAAAAAGAUAUGGACACAGGGAAAUGAUGAUUACGUUUAACAACACUGUUUACGUAGCUAGCUGUUUUAUGCUCACGCGUCAGAUCGAAUGGCAAUACGUUUAGUUGAUUGAACAGUGGCCUGCUGCAGGUGUAUCGGUUCUCGAGUGCGUCAUGAUUCUUAAUGCCCGCUUUUGUAUAACCAAAUGGAGCAUAACAGAAUGAAGCUUCAAUGCAGCCGGGCCCCGUCACUGCAGUGCAGAUGCUAAAGUGCCGGGCCCCGUCACUGUAGUCACUACCAAAGUCAAAACAAAAUACACUAUACUGAUGCGCGACUUCAAUGCCAGGGUAGGCAAGAAGCAGGCUGAAGACAAGUCAGUCUGUGGCAUAGGUUAUAGGAAUAGCAGGGGAGAGUUAUUAGUAGAGUUUGCAGAACGGAAUAAUUUCCGGAUAAUGAAUACCUUUUCCCAUGCCAUCGUCGUCAUAAUAUCGUCAUGGCAUGACGAUGGCGUGAUCGUCGCCAUACACUCGUCAUGCCAUCGUCGUCAUACACUCAUCGUCAUCGAAUUAUCCUCAUAUUGGAGACGUCAUGGUGUCGUUGUUAUUCCAACGUCAUCAAUUAAGAAUGGUCUUAUGAUCAGCCAUCAUCUCGUUGUCAUCAUACCGCCUUUGUCAUUCUAUUGAGAGCGUUCCUUCUCUCAUUCCGUAGUCGUUAGUGCGGCAGCGUCAUACAGUCGUCAUCAUGCUGUCAUGCUCAAGCGUUACUGUGGCAAGUGAAUGCCAUAGCAACAUGAGAGCAUACCGGCUUAGGCAACGCGUAACCAAACCAACGGAAGUCUCAGAAUGACAACUACAGAUGUUAAACAAACGUGGCUUCCGAAAUAUGGUGGGUUGGUACACGCUCGUAAACAAAGCACUAAUAUUGACAGUCAUCAUGAUAUGAGUUCUGCAGUAACAUUUUUAAAUACUUUAUUUUCCUAUAACAGGUGUCGCUUGGAGUCCACUACCUGCGGAUGUGGUGUACCGCAGCAAUAUUGAUGUCUUUUACCGCCUCCCGCAAUAAAGCCUUAAUGACACUGCAGAUCAUGCAUGAAUUAAAAAUAAGGAAUAAAGUUAGAGUAAGCCGUGACACCCACAUAAAUUUACAUUGGUUAGUUAUCAUUUCCGAUGGCCAAUGGUUAUACCAAUCAGUUAAGGCGUCAAGAUCAGAGGGAACUCUAUUGAUAUGUUUGCCAUUUUUAUUAUUUAUUUUAGAUAACUCAAUAAUCAGUGAACAGAUGAAUCCUGAAUAAUUUUACUUUAUCACACUAUGGUGUCGCGCGUACAACAUUCAAGCCUAGCUUGCUUGAGUUGCGUGUAAACGAAUACAAAUAGACAGAUUCAUAAUUAGUUCAAAAGACUUCGGAAUUGAAAUUUGCGGGCAACACUUACCACGUUUCACCUUCUUUCGUAUUAUGGACUUGUUCCUUUGUUUUUCAAACAGGAAAUUUUGACAGAUACUUUAAAUACUGGGUAAUUUCCAGUGUAAACUACCGACUGAAUCGAUAGCCGUUUAAUUAGCGGAUGCUGAUGACACCAGCAUAGCGAAAGAAAUUAAGAAUUGCUUCCCCGCAGCAGCAAAUCACCAUUCUCUGGGCCAAUUAAGAGCUUUGCAGAAAUUAGUGAAUACUGCUGUUUUCCCUGCUUUCAUACGUAUUACAGGGCACGUAGUUGGUAACUUCAUUGUUUUUGGUGAGCUGAACUAGGCAACGACUUCAUAUUUUUAGAAAUGACGCCCGUUACGUCAGACGUGCGUGCCAAAUUUCGUUCACGUCGGUUAAUUACAGCGUUAUGCGAGCGUUAUACUCAUGUUCUUAGGCGUCUCGGGAAAACGAGACGUGUCACUGACUUUCAAUGGGGUGGAAGAGGGGUGCAAGCGAGCAUAGUUAGCAAAAUCAUAAGCAGGCAAAGUUUUAAGCGGUGUGUUAAUAUUACUAGCAAUCCCAAUUCCUACUGCAACUGUUCGACAGAAACAGCUUCGCUAGAAAUAUUGCUGAAUUUUGUAAGGUCGCACACAGGCCUUGCAUUUCUUAGAUUGUCAGGGUUUAUCUUUAUAAUACUUCAGCUGUAUAUUCACAAUAAUUGAAGAGGAACAAAACGUCUGUAAUGCGACAUGCAGCGUAGCGUUUUGCAAUUUUCCGGUGUACACUAAAGUAGCAUUUUCUAAAUUAUUUGAUCUAGCAGUUAUAUAAUUCUAGAAGUAGGCAUUUGGUAAGUCGAUCAGAUACUCUUGUAAAUAAAAUUCCUGCCUUCUCAUUUCGUUUCUCCUCUUCCUUCCCAAGCAGCUUUACAAACAUUUCCGACCAACAAAUAUUCUAACUCGAACUUAAGAGGAAGCUUUAGCUCGGGCCCAUCCCCGACAGGGCCUACUCAAAUACAUGUAAAACGCAAGAACGUUUUUCUGAGAUAACUCCUGGACCGAUUUUAAUAAAAUUUGUUGCAUUUGAGAGAGAAAGUUAAAUUCUAGUGGCUGUUGGAAGUGGAAUUUCGAUUUAGAGCCUGAACUUUGUUACAAGAAUUUUUUUAGAAAUUCGAUAGUUUAAAAAAAAAUAGAAGCACGAAGUUUACAUAUUCAUAGCUCUGCAUAAAGAACAGAUAUCGCGGUUCUGUAAACGGCAUUCAUUGGAUAAUUGAAAGCGGACAAAUUAGAUAUGUCGUUUGAUAUCUUAAGUGAAUUUGUUACGUUGUUUACAAGGGUUCUGCAGAAGCUGUAUUUCCAUAUUACCAAGUUUUUUUUAGAUUCAUGUGGUAACAUAUCAAUUUUGUCCGCUUUAGGUGUACUAUUAGAUGCAAUUCACAGAAUUGUAUUAUCAUAUUUCGUUGCGGAGUUACAGUAAACUUGAUCGGAGUUCGGCGCGAGCUAAAGUUUUAGCUCGGGUGUUCCAGGGACCUCAUAACGUGAAACUAUUCCAAUCUGUUUUUAUUCCAAACUCCUGACGUCAAAUUUACGUAACCACCGGCGCAAGCAAAGGGCGGUAACCCACAGCGUUGUUUGAAAAGCCCAAUGAAACUAGCUCCUUGUUUAUAGGAGGUCACCCGCCGUGGUUGCUCAGUGGCUAUGGUGUUAGGCUGCUGAGCACGAGGUCGCGGGAUCGAAUCCCGGCCACGGCGGCCGCAUUUCGAUGGGGGCGAAAUGCGAAAACACCCGUGUAUUUAGAUUUAGGUGCACGUUAAAGAACCCCAGGUGGUCGAAAUUUCCGGAGUCCUCCACUACGGCGUGCCUCAUAAUCAGAAAGUGGUUUUGGCACGUAAAGCCCCAUAAUUCAAAAAAAAAAAAAAAAAAAAAUAGGAGGUCAAUUUUCUUGCUUUCAAAGCAAAUAGCAUUGCUUACAUUGACCAGAUUUUCUUGUCGAUUUGGCUGACAAGAGGCGAGGAGGGCGCUCAAGUUGAGAGGGAUUCGAUGGCGCCGAGUCAGAACAGUGAAAGUGGAUAACCGGCUGAAGAGGGUGGUGCCGGCGUCUGCGACUGAUCCGCUUCCCCUUACUUAGCUUGCGGUGGAUGGUCGAAAAUCGCGGCGGCGUGCAACGGAACGUUAAGAAUGCUGCUAAAAAGGAUCCUCAGCAAAGAAUAAGUUGGCAGAGCGAUAUCGCAUACGUGCCGAAAGGGCUCGAUAACUUUAUACAGCCACGCAAAAAGCUUUAUUAUACGCAAAUAAACCCAUGCUCUCCGGCAGGUGCGAGUAGCCAGUGCCUGAGCGAUCGGCGGGCAGCCAUCUUCUAUUACUUUUGGAACGGGGCAGUCUCUGGCUAUUCAGAAGGAAAAUAAAAACAGUUUUGUUCGGCAUAUUAAUACGUCGUCAACGAACGGGUACACGUCACUUUGACGCUAUGCGUUUUCGCUGUUUUGUGAGGUCGCGUGACAGAUAGGCGAAGUGGGCGCCGCCCGAAAACGUUUGAUCUAUGGCAGAUUAUUAUGGUGAAAAAGGCAUCGAAUGAGAAAUAAUGAUUUUUCUUUCCUUCGGCUUAAUCAUGCAUAAUAAGUGUGCCCAGAUCAUAUCAGAUGGGGCGUUUUCGCGGUUUUCGUGACGUCGUGUGAGAGACAGGCGAAGUGGGAAUGGCCCGAAAUUUUUUUAACCAAUCAUGGAAGGCUGAUUGCAGAAUUGUAAUAGAAAAGUUUGGAAUAGCUUUACAUUAUAGUGCCUCAGAUACGAAAUCGGCAAUCUUUUUUCACAGCAACCACUGCACCAAGUCUUAUGAAGUAUGUUGAAUUUAAAAGAAAACGUUAAAAUGUAGUGAUUUCAGAAGCGAUAUUUUAUUUACGCUUUCUGCUUUCUUUGUGUAAAUUAAAAAAAAAAACAUCGCAAAAUUUCAAGAAAUAAGACUUGGCGUGUAGAACUGUACCUCAGCAACUAAACACGAUAUCGCAAUUCUGUAAGCUGCACUUAAUAAUACACAUAAAGCGGACAGCAAUGAUAUAUCAUACGCCAUCCUGAAAUAUACCACAAAUUUGUGAAUGUUGCAUCUGCAAAACCCUUCCAAACAUUGUAACAAAUUCACAUAAGUUGUAAACUCAUGCAUAAAGUUUGUUCGCCUUUGAUUCUCCAACGGGUGCUGUUUAUAGAAAUGCGUAUUUGUUUUGCAUAGCUGACUUGCGGAUUUGUAAACUUCAUGCUUCUACUCCUUUUUUUUUCAAGUUUACCGAUUUCCUGCAUUUCCUGUGAAACAUUCCCUUGUCUAAAUCAAAACUCUAAUUGCUACAGUCACUGGAAUUUAACUUUCUCAAGUACAACAAAUGUUAUUCAAAUCGGUUCAGCGGUUUUCUCAUAAACGUAUUCCCGCAUUUUACAUGUAUUUGAGUAGCCGGCAUCGAAGAUAGGACCGAGCUUCUUGAACAUUGGGUCACGCCGGUUCUACAUGAAACCCAUGAAUCAAGCCUAACGUAUCCGCAAGCCCGUGGCCACCGUGGUGCAGAAAAAAAAAAAAAAGCCACUCAAGAAAAACACAUUCAACGGAACCUUCGCGCGAGCCGUUAUCUCGGCCAGACUUCAUUUCGGAAAUACCACCAGCUGUCUGGCCAGGCGUCUAGCAAAAUCGUCGAUUCAUUUCUAGUAGAGCAAGUAGUUGGCCGUCUUGGAGAUAACGCUGAUACAUAAACACACUCGUUUCCAUGUACCGAGGGGGAAGCGACAGUCUCAGGGUGUGGUUCUUUUUAUUGCGUUUUCUUUAGUUGUGCAUCAUGGCAUGCGUCAUGGAGCGAUUUUGCCACGUGGUGGCAAAAAAAUAAAAAAUAAAAUAAAAAGGAAACUGAACGAAAUGACCCUAAUUCUUGGGUAUGAUUUAACAACUAUCCGCAGUAAAAUCUGGUGACCGCAAAAAAAGCCAAGGAGUAGCAAGUCGGUAUUUUAUAUUCCUCAUUGGUCUCAGAAAAGUGGAGUAUCACGAUGGCAGUAGGACAAUUGAAUGUCUGACGAGUGUAUGGCGACAAUGGCGACUACGACACCAUGGCUACGACGCAAUGACGUCGAUGACGGGACAACGGCGGCAUACUCACGAUUGAAUGGUGAUAUUAUGGUUAUGCUAGAAUUGCGAAGAAGGAAUGACGUCGAUGGAACGACGAAGGUAUGGUAUGCAGGGUGUAUUUUUUUUUAGCUGCACCAAAUUAUUAAAAAUUGCCUGUGGCAGAUCGCACAACUCUAACCUUUGAUCUAACUCACUCAGUGAGGGGGGACAUUACUUAUAGGGAACGCGCAACACCUACAGGUGGCGCAACAAUUCAGUGCGCCACGAACUGCCACUUCAGCUUCCGCCCGCGUGCUACGAACUGCAGCUGUCUCUCCGUCUGCUACGCCGGCAUAUUGCAUAAAAGUGCGUCUGCGCGAUGGCGACAGGUGUGAUCAAAGGGAUAUAGGUUUCGAGAAAGUUAACAGUGCAAUAUUUGUUAGGGCCUCAAACGAUGAGUGAGGACAUAAAUUAUACCGAAGCAAUCAUGUUUUCGACGUGAUUGAAGAAAGCGCGGACGUACGACUGAGUGUUUUGAACGGGCAAUGCGCGCAGCAGGCCAAUGUAAACCUGGAGGCAUACGCCGUCACAAUCGAGGGCCCAAACGAAGGUCUCAUGAUUCUGAAGAGAAGACGUCGGGUGGCGAUCGUGGCAUUGCUCGCGCUAUCUUCCUUCCCACUGCUGAGCUAUAACUACCUUCCCAGCAGCCAUGACUACAUUUUCUCCUAUUUCUGGACUUCCGACUUCAUCAGCAUUUCUGGUGGACUGGAUCUAAACCGAAGUUGGGCGCCUUUCUACGAGCGAACAGACAUCUUCGGCCGUCCAGACAAGCCCCGGAUCCUGUUCUGGACGCCCGUGUACGGCGAAUGGUACUCGGGCCUGAGCAAGAGCGGCACAGCGCAGCUGCGCUAUUGGCAGCCUUUCGGUGGCUGCGCCGACCGCUGCUACAUCGCCAACGACCGCCGCACCCUGUCCGUCAGCGACGCCGUCGUCUUCUAUGCCUGCGACCUGAACGCCUCCGACCUGCCGACUUACAGAGCCGAGGGUCAAAAGUGGGUGCUCUGGUCUCUCGAGGCACCCACGAGGUGCGACCUGUCACCUCUGGUGUCGGUAAAAGACGCCAUCAACUGGACCAUGACGUACAGGCGCGACUCGGACAUCCUGGACGCGUACGCCAAAGUGACACAGCGUGUCAAACCAACUUUCUACUCUGUGGAGCGCCUGAAGCGAACCUGGCGCAACAAGAAAACCAUGGCGGUCUGGGCUGUGAGCCACUGCAAGACUUUUGGCAGACGUGAGAAUUUCGUAGACGAUCUGCGCCAACACUUGUCGGUGGACGUAUACGGCAAAUGCGGCAAUCUAUCGUGCUCGCGUGACGUGCGCUUUGCCUGUUACCAAAUGUUUGCGCGCGAAUACUUCUUUCUUCUGUCUUUCGAGAACACUGUCUGCAGGGACUACGUCACGGAGAAGCUCUAUCUGGCCCUGCUUUACGACAUCAUUCCGGUGACGUUUGGUGGCGCUGACUACCAGGCCAUGGCACCUCCGGGCUCUUACAUUGACGCGCUUCAAUUCAAGACCCCUAAAGAUCUCGCUGACUACCUCAAAAAAGUUGCAGAAGACUUUGACUUGUACAAAAAGUUCUUCGAAUGGAAAGGCCGGUAUAACGUGGAGCCGUGGGUGUAUUACACGUUUUGCGAGCUGUGCAGGAAGCUCUAUAGUUCCAGCUUUCGUCAAAGAUCUGUGUAUCCGAAUAUAAUCCGAUGGUGGAACGACAGUUCUCAUUGCCGUGCGUGGAAUCCAGAAACCAGACGACUUUAUCGAUAGUCACAUUCAUUGAAAGGAUGUGUUCACUUAUUAUUUAUGAGCACAUCACGAAGCCGCGUAAAUGUCAACCUGAAAUACAUUGCUUACUUCUUUUAGACAUCAUUUCACGCUACAUAAGCUCCAUGUCAAAGAUGUACGUCGCAUUUAAGUGCGGAGUAUUUUAUAGAAAUUUACUACUUCUGCAACACAUAGCAGUUUUUCCUACCGAAAUAAUGCAGACGAUUGUCAUUUGAAUUCCGUGAUUUCUAGUUUUUUAUGUGUGUGUCUGUGUGAUUCUUCGUGCCCUUGUCACUUUUUAACUGUUAUGCACCUUUACCACGUGUCUUCCUUUUGUUUAAUCUUUCUGACAAAGGAGAACAUACAAAGAGCAAAAUAAUUUUUAUUCUUCAAUCGCCGUGUCUUCUGAAUUUUUCUGACAAUAUAUCCUCAUAUAAUGUGUUUUGACAGUUUAUACAUAGUUGACAGGCAUGCGCAUUGCUCUGACGCGGUUGUAUAUUGUGUUGAUGAAAUUUUAUUGCGUAUAUACACCAUUCCUGUUUAACAGAAUAUUUCCGCUUCUCCAAUGCG